AUGUCCUCAAUACCUUCUAUUAUUUGUGAUGAUUGCCCAGCUAAUUUAAGGGAGAAUAUCGAUUUGUGGUUGAGACAAGAUAAAUGUGAAGAAACAAGAAAUGAGGUGAUACAACUAUGUAAGGAUUCCAAUUGGAUAGAAUUACAUAAGAGAUUUGACUCCAGAAUUGUAUUUGGAACUGCUGGGUUAAGGUCCAGAAUGGAAGCUGGUUUUUCAAGAAUGAACCCCUUAGUUAUCCUACAAGCCUCACAGGGAUUAGCUAAAUAUAUUAAGGCACAGUUCCCUACUAAUCUUACCGCAGUAGUUGGUCAUGAUCACAGGUUCCAUUCAAAACAAUUUGCAAUGAUAACCGCAUCGGUUUUCCUAAGGGUCGGCUUUAAAGUAUAUUAUUUGAACCCAGAAGAUUCUUUCGUUCAUACACCCUUGGUACCCUUUAGCGUAAACCAUUUAAACGCGUCAAUUGGGGUCAUGAUUACAGCUAGCCAUAAUCCUAAGAUGGAUAAUGGUUAUAAAGUUUAUUACUCUAAUGGCUGUCAAAUUAUUCCUCCUCAUGACAAGAAUAUUGCUGCUACCAUUGAUGAAAAUUUAGAACCUUGGUCAUCAGAUUGGAAUUGGGACUCUACUUUCGAGAAAAAUCUAAAAGAAAAGAAGUUAGUAUAUGUAAGGGAGGAAAUGACAAAUAAAUAUUUACAAGCAAUGAAAGACAUCUUGGUUUCAUCAUCAAUAUCUAGGCCGAAUAAUAAUGGAAAGAAACCAUGGUUCGUAUACACACCAAUGCAUGGUGUGGGAUAUAAUAUUUUUACAAAAAUUUCGAAGAAUAUUCUUCAUUACGAGGAAAAUAUGGAUUAUUUUGUCGUUAAAGAACAAAUGUACCCAGACCCAGCCUUUCCAACUGUAAGUUUUCCAAACCCUGAAGAAAAAGGUGCCCUAUCAUUGGCAACCAAGCUUGCAGAAGAAAACAAUAUUUCAUUAGUUAUUGCAAAUGAUCCUGAUGCUGAUAGAUUUUCAGUGGCCAGUAAAAAUGAAAAAACAGGACAGUGGCAACAAUUAUCAGGUAACGAAAUUGGAUUUUUAUUUGCAUCCUUUGAGCUUGAAAAAUACAUGUCCCAGGAUAUCGAAUGGCGCAGAACACAUCCUCUAGCAAUGAUAAAUUCUACUGUCUCCUCUCAAAUGAUCAAAAAAAUGGCUCAAGUUGAAUCUUUCCAUUAUGAAGACACUUUGACAGGAUUUAAAUGGAUAGGAAAUCGAGCCUUAGAUCUUCAAGGACAAGGUUAUUACGUACCCUUCGGAUUUGAAGAGGCUAUUGGAUAUAUGUUUCCUACUAUGGUAACUGAUAAAGAUGGGGUCAGUGCCGCUGUAGUUUUCUUAUUAGCUUAUAGUUAUUGGCUGAAUAACGACGGAUCUUAUCCUUUCGAUAUAUUAGAAAAAGGGUUUAAGAAAUUUGGAUUUUUCAAAGAAUAUAAUGGUUACUAUAUCUAUGAUGAUCCUAAGACAACAAAACAGAUAUUUGAUUUUGUAAGGUACCAAUAUGACACUAGUGGCAACCCAUACCCAAAAAAUAUUGGUAAGGAAUUCAAGAUUGAGGUAUUUAGGGAUCUAACAACAGGCUAUCAAUCAAACACUAUAGAUAACCUACCAAAUUUACCGGUGGAUCCACAUUCGGAGAUGAUUACAAUUGAAGCUGUUCCUAAACAAGACAUUGGUAAAAGCAAAGUCCGUUUUACAAUGCGUGGUUCUGGGACAGAACCGAAAUUGAAAUUGUAUAUUGAAGCAGUGGCUGACAAUGAAAAAUGUGCCAUCGAUUUGGCUUAUGAAAUGUGGAACGUAUUGAAAAAGGAAUGGAUCAGGCCUGAUGUGACUGGUUUAACUACUACGUUUUAA